UUGUAUACAGCAUAUUUUUUUAGGAUUUGUAAUAUGUUGCAAUUAAAGAAGCAUGAUUAGUUUUUAUUUAUUUAUUUGAAUUCCGUUAUUAAAUGAAUGUAGCAUGAGUUAUUUGUAAAUUUACAUUAAGAUGCUAUUGUAUGAAAUUUAUCAUAUUUUAUAUAUGCCAUAAGUAGUGGGAGAUUGAUUGUGCACAUGGAAUUAAAUUAAAUUUUGAUAAUUAUCACUAGAGGCGCAAGAGAUGAUUACGAGCAUAGCAAAUUUUCGAUCUUGAGACAUGUGUAAAAUUAUCAUUAUUUAAUUUAGAUUCUUUUGUUGCAAAAUAAUUUUUUGUGUUGGUAUCAUUAAUAUCCCUUGCGCAUUUGUUUACUCUGUAUGUAGAAAUGGCUGCUAAGACAGUGGUGACAGACUUAACUAAGGGAGAGAAAUUGGAUGGCGAUAAUUAUGAUAUAUGGCGCCGUAAGAUCCAAUACCUCCUCAAUGAGCAAGAAGCAUUGACCACACUUGAACAAGUGAUGGUUGAGCCAGAGCAGGGCAAUACAGCUCAACAUCGUCGUGAUCUUGAAGUCUUUCAGACUUGGCGUAACAAAGAUCAGUGUGCGCGCUUUACUAUGUUGAACAACAUGCACAACAACUUGAUUAGUGAGUUUGAGCAUUGCCCGACUGCAUUUGAGAUAUGGGAAGCUCUCAAACAAAAGUUUGGUAUUACCUCCUUGGCAAAGCUACGUGGGCUGACUAUGAAGUUUGACUCCUAUCAGAAAAGGGCGCAUCACUCGAUGAAGCAACAUUUAAGGGUCAUGUCAGCCAUGAUACGUGAGCUUGCGGCUGCUGGGCACAAUUUGACUCAAGAGCAGCAAGUACAAGCUGUGAUUCGCUCUCUGCCAAAUUCUUGGGAGUAGAUGAAGCAGAACAUGAUGCAUAAUGAGAGUGUAAAAACAUUCGAAGACAUAUCGCAUCAUUUGGAACUAGAGGCUGAGCGCCUUGAGGUGGCUAAGUCUGAUAGUUCUACUAUGGUGGUUGAGUCGAGCUCACGUAAGACUUCUCAGUUCAAAUGUGGAAAAGCAAAAGGUGCCCCUAAGAAGCAAGCAGCAGCUGCGCUAAAGCCCAAUGGCGCUAGAAAUUUCAAGCAUAGGGGCAAGAGAGGUGGCAAGAAGGUAAAGGCUAAAUUGACAUGCUUUAGUUGUAACAAAGAAGGACACUUCGCUCGGGAUUGCCCUGAGCAGAAGAAGACUCCAGAGCAACAGACCACAUCGCGAGGGACAGAGUAGGGUUCGUUGAGUAUCGCCGAGUACCUGCUGGGAGCAGAAAAGUUUACAUGGGGAAUGAGUCCAGCGUGGAGGUACUUAGCAUUGGCACACACAAGCUGGAAAUGCGACGAGGGCGCACCUUGUAUCUUCAUGAUGUUCUUUAUGCUCCGGAUAUUCGGCGAAACUUAGUUUUAGUUAUUAGCAUGAUGAGCCAUGGUUUUAGCUUUUGUUUUGAGAAUCAUGGUGUUAGCAUUUA